UAUUAACUGUGUAGCCCAAGCCGCCAGCCCGGUUGUGAUUUUUGUCGCAGUGAUUUGUGAUCAACGUGGCGGAUAUCGAUGGCGAGUAUUUAGCGUCAAAGAGUCCCAUACGAAUCAUAAUUCAAAUGCCGCUUCAAGUUCACCCGUCUUGUCUUAUUUGAGCUUCGUCGCGUCGUCUUUAUUUCUAGGGUGAUGCUAAAUUAGCCAUGCAGUUUGUGACGAGUGAUUCUUCGAACUUGCACUGACACGUUCGACUUCGAAGAAACGGUGGGCUCUUACGUGUGCGUUGGUUUCCAAACAGCUUCAUCCAGUCAGUCCAUGGCUGACUCUGCAGCUCUCGGGUCAGGUCCAGUCAAUCCGUCAGAGCACAGUUGGUUCCCUGGACCCCCACCACCUAUUUACACCUGCACCCUGAGCUCUGAGCUGGUGGCCAAGGCACGGGAGGAGCUCCAGGAGAAACCGGAAUGGCGUCUACGGGAUGUACAAGCUCUACGAGAUAUGAUAUUAAAGGAGCAGCCCAAUCUCAGGACCAGGCUUGACGACUCCUUUCUCCUGCGCUUCCUGCGGGCCAGGAAGUUUGACUAUGACCGAGCCCUGCAGCUCUUGGUUAAUUACCACGCAGGACGUAAGGCUUGGCCUGAGGUCUUUCAGGACCUCAAGCCAUCCACAGUGAAGCAUGUGCUGGACUUGGGCUUUCUCACAGUCCUGCCUCGACCGGACCCUAACGGAAGGUACAUCCUCUGUCUCCGGCCAGGAAAAUGGAAAGCAAAUGAUUACCCAUUUGUUGACAAUGUGAGGGCCAUGUAUCUGACACUGGAGAAGCUGAUCCAGCCGGAGGAGACUCAAGUGAACGGUAUCGUUAUCUUAGCUGACUACACUGGCGUUGGUAUGUCACAGGCUUCCAAUCCAGGGCCUUUCCUCGCCAAAAAAGUUGUGAGCAUUCUUCAGGAUGGCUUCCCAAUCAGAAUCAAGGCUGUUAACAUAAUUAAUGAGCCUAGGAUUUUCAAAGGCAUCUUUGCUGUAAUUAAACCUUUCCUGAAGGAGAAGAUGGCAGAGAGGUACAUGCUCCACAGCUCAGACCUGCGCUCCCUGCACCGGAACAUUCCCCGCUCUGUCCUGCCAGAGGAAUACGGCGGCACGGCCGUGCAACUGGACAUGCGUGCCUGGUCCAGACUGCUGCUGGACUCUGAGGAGGACUUCAUAGUGGAGUUCUGCCAGCCAGAUCCACUGGAGGGCGCCAUGCUGCCCGAGUCCAUGCUGUUCCGAAGCGAUGAAGCCGACCGUGGGCAGGACAAUGACGCUUUUAGGGGGGCGCGCUCUCAACUUUACUCGUGUUACUGAAAGACUGGACAUUCACUGCCGGGACAUUCCCUGUUACGACGGUGUUAGUAUUAGUUGGGCAAAUUGCUGAUAUUAGUUUUCUGCUAAUACUCUCCAUCCAUUUUCUGUAUCCUCGCUAUGGUCACGGGUGAACUGGAGCCUAUCCCAGCUGAUUUGGGGCGACAGAAGCACUAUUUGGAGAGGGAUGGUCCGUGUUGUGUAGUUGGCACUCGACUCAUUCAGUCAGUCACCAGCUGCAGGCGGCUUGUGACGCGAGCAUGGCAAAAAAAACGCAUUAGUAAUAUGCCGUAACCGAUCCCUUCACUUUUUUAUUUUUUUUUUUAAAUGGAUGUUUUUUCAAGUUGCUUUACUGUGUAUAGGCAUAAAAGUGCUCAGUCUGUCUCAAGUCCCACACUCCCAUAAUGCUGGUGUUAAAAAAAAAAAAAAAGUGGAUUAAGUCAAUGUUCAUCCAUCCAUUUACUGUACUGCUUAUCCUCACAAAGGCCGCAGCCGGGCUGGAGCCUAUCCCAGCUAUCUUUGGGCGGGAGGCGGGGUACACCCUGAACUGGUCACUAGCCAAUCGCAGGGCACAGAGAAACAAACAAGCAUUCGCAUGCACAUUCACGCCUACGGGCAAUUUAGAAAUUAACCUACCAUGCAUGUUUUUGGGAUGUGGGAGGAAACCGGAGUGCCUGGAGAAAACCCACGCAGGCACGGGGAGAACAUGCAAACUCCACACAAGCGAGGCUGGGGUUUGCACCCCGAUCCUCAGAACUGUGAGGCUGAAGUGCUAACCAGUUGUCCACCGUUCCGCCAGUCAAUGUUCAUAUUAAAAAAAAAAGGCAGAACAAUUUCCAUCCAUCAAUUUUCUGAGCCGCUUCUCCUCACAAAGGUCGCAGGCGUGCUGGAGCCUAUCCCAGCUAUCAUCGGGCAAGGAGGCGGGGUACACCCUGAACUGGUUGCCAGCCAAUCGCAGGGCACACACAAACAAACAACCAUUCGCACUCACAUUCACACAAAGGGGCAAUUUAGAGACUUCAAUUACCAACCAUGCAUGUUUUUGGGAAGUGGGAGGAAACCGGAGUGCCUGGAGAAAACCCCACGCAGGCACGGGGAGAACAUGUAAACCCCACACAGGCAGGGCCGGGGAUUGAACCCCGGUCAUCAGAACUGUGAGGCAGACGCUCUAACCAGGUGUUCACCGUGCCGCCGGCAGAACAAUUUUUAAAAAUUAAAUGUAAAUAUGACCAAAAUAUUUUCAAGCAGUGAAUGAAGUCAUUUGGAUCACACUGGUCUAAAAUAUAAACAGCUCUUACGUUGCCUUAAAUUGAUAGUAGCAUACUACUAGCCAAAGCUGUAUUCAUGUGUAUUCUCAUGAAUGGGAUGUACUGUAGUGUGUUCUAGAAAGAUGUAACUUCACACACACUGUUCCCAGGCCUUUUUUUGAUGAUACUUUUCUGUUGCUUCAAAUCUUCAGAGAGGAUUAUUUCUGUAAUCGCGGAUUUAUUUUUUUAUUCUUUGAGCCAUUUUACCCACAUGUCUUUUUUGUUUGUUUGUUUCCAUCUCAAAGGCCCUUAGUGAUCACACAAGUCAAAUGGGGAAAUGCAGCAGAAACUGAACAUUCCGUUCUGACUUUGCCAAAUAUACCACUGUCAUGUGCGGAACAGCGCCAUAAUGCUGCAUCUGCUUUCCUUAUGAUUUGUUUAUUUGAGCAAUAGCUUGUCUUUUAUAUUUUGUGCAUGUCUGUUCCUAUCAGUGUAUUGCGUAGCAGAAUAUAACAGUAAAGUCUAAUUCAAAUGAUGAA